AUGGCUGGGCAAAAACUUAUCAGAAAACGAUGUUGCCAAAAGCAAUCUUGUAAUUACCUCCCGCUAGCACGCCAUCAGUCAGUUCAGCUCUAUGCAUUUCUCAGCUUAGUCGUGGCGUCAUGGCGACCUAGAAGUAGUUAUGGUAAUUUCCAGCAUCAGUGUCGACUCUGCGCAUUCCCGGGCUUUAUUCCAACUCGGCCUGACACAAUGACUAAGUUGGGAAAACGUGGUCAUGCCUGCUUUGUUUGCAGGUCUGCAAAUACUUCUGACGAUCAAGGUUCUGCCAGAUUGAACAAACAUACGCGAUUAGAGCACCAGAAGACUGAACCGUUGCUGGCAUCCGAGCACAGACAGACAGGAUUAGAGCCGUUUGAUGUUGUGCUACAAUGUCCUUAG